GUGAGGGCUGGACUUGAGGCGUAAACUGAACUGAUUAAAUAUAAACUGAGCUGUUUUGCGUGACGCUUUUUCGUCCACUUCCUCCGCAAUUGUUAAGAAUGGCUGGAAAUCUGAAAAGGUUUUACAACCUCACGGCUAAACUGCUGUCUGGAGAAACGUUGAGUUUCUCUGCCAUGAAGGGGAAGGUGGUCCUCAUUGAAAAUGUGGCGUCUCUCUGAGGAACAACAACCAGGGACUACACUCAGAUGAACGAGCUUCAUUCUCGCUACUCCUCCGAGGGCCUCGUUGUUCUGGGUGUACCCUGCAACCAGUUUGGACAUCAGGAGAACUGCAAGAAUGAUGAAAUCCUGAGAUCCUUGAAGUAUCUCCGUCCAGGGAAUGGCUUUGAACCAAAGUUCCACCUCAUGGAGAAGGUGGAGGUGAACGGAAAGGAUGCCCACCCCCUGUUUGUCUAUCUGAAAGAGAAGCUCCCGUUCCCCAGUGAUGACGCCAUGGCUCUCAUGACCGAUCCCAAGCUCAUCAUGUGGAGUCCAGUGUGUAGAAAUGACGUAUCCUGGAACUUUGAGAAGUUCCUGGUCGGUCCAGACGGGGAGCCUUACAAGCGCUACAGCAGAAAUUUCCUCACCAGUGAUAUUGAGGCAGAUAUUAAGGAGCUACUUAAGAGGAUCAAAUAAGAUGUGCAGCGACAGUUUACGGGUGUCUGUAAAGAAUGUCUGUUAUGACCACCCUAUCUGGAAAGAUUAAUCAGCAGAUGCAUCUGUUUGGGGUAUUUUUAUCAUGCUCCCCAGCUUUACAGUUUCACUCAGUUGCAGCACUCCUACAUGAGUGAUACGUCCGGUGCCAUACACUCUGGCUGAUCAGACUGUUUACCCAAUGAAGAAACUCCUUGAAACACUUUGAGGGGAGUUUCUGAUGAACAUGUAAAAGUUUGACUCUACCACUGUGUAUAACUUGUAUCACAAAUGUUCUCAUUUGGUAGAAUUUAGGAGGAGAAAUAAAAAUAUUUUAUCAUAUAA